AUGUCAGGUAUUUCAUUCGUUGUGGUUUCUGUUGGAAUCGCUCUAUCAUUAAUUACGAUCGUCUCUCUCCUGAUUGCAAGUUUGGGUCGAUUGAAUACCGAUGAGAUUGCCAUUUCAUACAAUACGAUUUCCAAGAAACUUAGUCGAGAAGUUCAGUCUUCUGGUUUACAUCUGAAUGCGCCAGGUUUUCGAUUUAUCAAAUUUCCAAGUGUAUUUACAUCGAUGGAAUUUGAUGAUAUAUCAUGUUUGAAUCAAGAUGGAGUGGUGAUUAAUUUGGAUGUAACUUUGCAAUUUCAAGCGGAUCCAAAAUAUCUGUAUGAUAUUGUUUUACAAUUCACAGAUUUUGAUGGAUAUAAAAAGAUUCUUUAUGCUACUGGUCGAGCUGCGGUUCAUGACACUUGUGCACAUUUUAAUACGACAGCCUUCCAAAGUAUGCGUGGCUAUUUUCAAGUGAAAUUACUUGAAGAGAUGAAGAAUACCUUUAAUCCAUUCUAUGCUAUUCUUCGUGAUUUACAAGUGAAUAAUGUUCGUCGACCGGCAGAUUUCGAAACGGCUGUUAAAGAUAAAGAAGCAGCCAAAGAAAACAUCAAAAUUGCAGAAAACGAACGACCAAAACUAUUAACACAAGCCCGUACUGAGUAUCAAAAAGCGUUAAAACAAGCUCAAAUCAUCAAAGAACGCGCUGACACUGACAGCAACAUUAUUUUAAAUCAGGCCGAUGCUGAAGCUGAAGCUGUUCGAGCGCGAUAUCAAAGCGAAACGGAUGCGUAUGUUGAAUUGAAAAACAAGAUGCGACUCAAUGUCGAAGCACUUUUGAAUUAUAUGGCAGUUCGAGUCAUUGGUUCAUCGAAGAGUGAUGUUUAUAUCAAUAUGAAAUCUCCUGCGCAAGUUAAAUAUGAACUUUAA